GUCCGGAGAGCGGUGCAGGAUUUAAAUCGCCGAAGCUUUGGCGUUCUGCGUUUCGGCUGCUGGGCGCGGUUUUUGCGUGAAGGGUUGCGGAAUGGCUUCUGCUGCGGAAAGAGAUUGGGUGGAUGUUGCCAAUGAUCUUCUGACAAAAUGUAACAUACAGCUGCAUGUUAAUAGUCUCUCUGACUGUGGAGCUGAAGUUUUUGUUCAUCUUUAUGAAUCAAUAUUAGGAGAAAAAGUCCCUGAUUUCAUAGCUGUUCCUACUUGCCAAGAAGACAAUAUUCAUAAUGUGCAGGCGGUGAUAGAUUCUUUGGCCCUGGACUACUUGCAGAUCAGCUUGUCACAUAUAACUGGAGAAAAUAUUGUGAAAGGAGAUACGGAGUCUAUUAGGAAUCUCUUGGAAAUAUUUGAUGGCUUACUUGAAUAUCUUACGGAAGAAAGUGAAACUGCUUCUCAACAGGAUGGUGGUCUUAAGCAGAUGGCAGAAACAGAGGUGCAGCACACUGAUUCAAAGAUGCCAGAAGAUGGCUUUGACAUCCCAGUUCCCUCCCUAGAGCAACCCUCAGCUGAAGGAUCUUCUCAGUCAUCAGAGCUGCUUGAUCCGUCUUUGGAGGCUGGUGGGUCAGAAUCUACAAGUGAGCUGAUCAAGCUUGGUGACACAGCUUAUUUGUUUUCGCUGAGAAAUGAAGUGUUACCAUCAGGAAAAGAAGUCCCAAAAAAGGCUGCAGGAUCUGAAGUACAUGCAACUUUUAGAGAACCAUUUCGUCUGUCCUCCAGUGGAAAAAAUACUGUUAUUUCAGAAAGACCAG